AUGUGCAUCUCUGGCCUCUUUCCGAUUCGGGAGUUGACGAUGCUUCCAGGAGCAAGGUACCAGGAACACCGAUUCACCCCUUACUUGACAUUAUUUCGGCGGAAGGAGCUGCCCAAUCGGUCCAUCCGACAAACACUGCCGCUGCCGUGCUUUCGGCUGCUGCAACGAAUCCUUGAUCUCGUACUUGCUUUGAUCUCGCCAGAUUCACGUCGACAACGCAGUUUGCCAGCAGCACAACUUUUGCGACGCGCAUCCGUUCCAACUUACCGCCAAGCCUUUUUUAGCGUGGCUAUCCGGAAGCACCGCAUCGGAAAGUCACAGCGAGCGACCUUGCCAACAUCGGCGCCCACAUCCAACCGAGCGCUGCAGAUCCGGUGUAGACACAGCUAA